AUGUUCUCGAUCAGAAGGUCCUGUACUGGCCAUAUACGCGUCUGUUUCUCUGCAUUGUUAGCCGUUGGCAAUGAUGGAAGAGAACCAUUUAAAGCUCGCGUCGGAUCAUUACCGUUUCUUGUGUACUUCACCUCCCGGUAUCGAGGUAUAUGUGUUGGCACGCUUCUGUCCCGCACUACAGUCAUCACUGCAGCUGUGUGUGUAACCAACCCUAACACACACAUACACGACUAUCGCCCUAUAAACGUGAUAACUGGCACGUCAUACAGACAUCCCAGAAGAGGGAUAAGAGUCCAAGUUACUAAAGUAUUGAUGCCGAAAUGUAUUAACGAUUCGGCAACAAUUGGUUACACAGUUCAACAAUCACCAGCUGUGUUGGUUCUUAAGCGAAAGAUACCAGAUGUCCUGGUUGAGAUACCUUUGAGGCCCAUUAACAUUGACUACAAAGGAGAAGAAAUCCUCUCGCUACAUGAAGAAUGCAUAAUGGCCGGCUGGCAUUUUUUCUAUAAAGGGGACAAAAUAUAUCCAGUAAGCAAAUUCCUCUUACAAAGAAACACGAGAGUGCAAUUUUUAGAAAUUGCUAGGAAAAAUGUUUGGUGCGAUACAUUGACGCUUAAGUUUCAAAAAGCUCUUCUUAACAUUGGCUACAAAGGGGUUUUUGAUAAAUCCUAUUCUGUUUGUAUCAGAGACACUGAUCAAAUAGCCCAGCCUUGUCACGGUAUGUAUGGUGCGCCUUUAAUCUGCCGAGGGAAACUUGUUGGACUACUCAUGGCUCCAGAUGCCCAGUGGUCAAACUGUACAGGAUACAGUAAUCUCAUACAUUUGUUUAACUCGGAACAUACCUUAAGUUUCAUGAAAUGCGUCAGUAGGAUGUUUGAACCAGAGUUUGAUUUAUCCUGGGAUGGCCUUAAGACUUCAUUACAAUUAAGUGAAUAUGAAAAGGAAUAUGACUACAUACCAGCUAUGUACGACAGAGUAUUAGGUGACUCCAGUACUUCAAGUGAAGAAGUUAUCUAA